CUUCAACAUGGAGUACAGAGUAUAGCCCGAUUCUCACCGCACUUUAUACUUUUUCUUUGGUAGUGUUGUUGUUUCUGUCGUACAAGCUCUAAUUAUGAAACUACUUUGUGGAAACCGGCCGUCUAGACUCGCUAAUUCACAGUUUUAAGUGCAGUUUAAAUGUUGAAAACUCUUAGCGACUUGACAGCUACGACGCUGCUUAUCAGUAAACUCUUGGCUACUCUGAAUCCUUCGACAUUUUCCCGCGGCGGGAGGACAGUUAGAGAAGUUUGUGGUCUACGUGAAAGUAAAACAGCACCGCUGUGCCCACCGUCGAGGUAACUGGGUCAAAGGUGACACCGCGUCAUAGUAUUGACUCAUAGUUUCCUCUGCAGUGUUUCACCCCACCAAGUGGAGCCCAUGUCAGCUUUAGCUUAAGCCCUUUAUUGUGCACAAUCCCAUCUCUUUUUCUUCACUCCGUGACAAGAAUGCACAAUGCAGCGAGUGUGUCAGCCUCUCUGGGAUCCGUGGGACUGCUGCGUCUGGUUGGGGUGUCCUGGUCCUGGAGUCUGGCAGCAGGCCUAGGGUUGUAUCUGGGCACAAGCAGUUGGAAAUACUUCUAUAUUGCAGCACGAACUGCCAAGAGAGACCUAAAUGGCCUGUAUGUGCUGUUGAGAGUGAAGCUGGCUUUAUGGCGCUACAUGCGCAACGGAAGCAAUAUACUUUCCAUUUUUGCCCAGACUGUAAAACGCCAUCCAAACAAACCAGCUCUUAUCUAUGAGGCCACUGGGGAGACGUGGACCUUUACCCAACUGGAUGAGAUCUCUAAUUCUGUAGCCCACUGGGCAAGAAGCCAAGGAUGGGUCUCUGGGGAUGUGGUGGCCCUCUUCUUGGAAAGCAGGCCCCUUUAUGUGGCACUCUGGCUGGGCUUAGCCAAAGUUGGGGUGGAAGCUGCCCUAAUAAACUUCAGCCUACGCUGUGACUCUCUCCUGCACUGCAUUGGGGUGUCAGGGUCACGGGCGAUUGUGUUUGGAGCGGAGCUUGCUGAUGCCAUGUUGGACAUCAAUUCAUCCAUCAGCCAGUCCAUGGUUCGCUUUUGUACAGGAGAUCUCAGUGCAGAACAUCUGGCCCGUCUGGGGGCGCAGCCUCUGGAGCCACUUUUAGCCACUGCAUCCAGACAUCCUCCUUCACCUUGUGUUCCUCACAAAGGCAUGAAUGACCGGCUGUUCUAUAUUUACACCUCAGGAACCACGGGACUGCCCAAGGCGGCUAUUGUGGUACACAGUCGAUACUAUAGAAUUGCUGCUUUUGGGCAUUUCGCCUUUCGCAUGCGUCCCAGUGACAUCCUGUAUGACUGCCUGCCCCUAUACCACUCAGCAGGUAAUAUUAUAGGAGUUGGUCAGUGUCUAGUCCACGGGCUCACUGUGGUAGUAAAGAGGAAAUUCUCUGCCAGCCGCUUCUGGGAUGACUGCAUUAAGUACAACUGUACUGUGGUGCAGUACAUCGGGGAAAUCUGUCGCUACCUUCUGUCUCAGCCGGUCCGACCAUCAGAGAAGAACCACAAAGUGCGUCUGGCAGUGGGGAAUGGCUUGCGCCCCAGUGUAUGGGAAGCCUUUAUGGAACGAUUUGGUGUGACUCAGAUUGGCGAGUUCUAUGGAGCAACAGAGUGCAACUGCAGCAUUGCCAACAUGGACGGCAAAGUGGGCGCCUGUGGAUUCAACAGUCGUAUUCUCCCUACUGUCUACCCGAUCCGCCUUGUGAAGGUGAACGAGGACACGAUGGAACUUGUCCGGGACAGUCGGGGCCUCUGUAUGCCUUGCCGCCCUGGGGAGCCAGGACUUCUGGUGGGUCGCAUCAACCAGAAGGACCCGUUGCGGCGAUUUGAUGGCUAUGCUAGUCAGGAAUCUACAAAGAAGAAGAUUGCACACAAUGUUUUCAAGAAGGAUGAUUCUGCCUAUUUAUCAGGUGACGUGCUAGUGAUGGAUGAACUGGGCUACAUGUACUUUCGUGACCGCAGUGGAGACACGUUCAGGUGGAGAGGGGAAAACGUCUCAACCACAGAGGUGGAGGGGAUACUCAGCAAUCUUCUCCAUCAAACUGAUGUGGCUGUGUACGGUGUGUCUAUACCAGGUGUUGAAGGAAAGGCGGGUAUGGCUGCCAUUGCAGAUGUAACAGGAAGUUUUGACUGCAGCAGUUUCCUGCAGAACAUCCAGCGAGUUCUUCCUUCGUAUGCCCGCCCGGUGUUCCUGAGGAUCUCACCACAAGUGGACACUACUGGUACAUUUAAAAUCCAGAAAACCAGGCUGCAGAAGGAGGGGUUUGACCCACGUCUCACAAGUGACCAGAUCUACUUUCUGAACAGUAGAGCGGCACGAUAUGAGGCUGUGAACGAGGAGCUCUUUACUACUAUAGUGGAGGGGAGAGUGUCUCUAUGAUGUGGUGAGGGCGACGUGGCUGGGAAGUAAAACGGACUGAGCAGGUGCUUCUGAGAGAGUGAAGUUGUAGAGAGUAUCAGUACGUGUUGGUGCUCCGCCGACUGGAUUUAAAGCAUUCACUGAACAGACUGGAGUAAAACUUCUUUAGAGUACUGUUACAAGCAUGGCAUUUCAACACUGAAUAAGUCAAUAACCAGGACAGUCGCCAGGUUACUCGCUGCUUUUAAUAACAUUGUUACAUAACAAACGCCUCGUGAAGCCUUUGAGCAUCACCACACACAGAAUAUCUUCUACAGCCAGUUCGAGAUAGGAAACAUGCUACAGUAACGUUAGUGCUAAAACGUACCGAGAUAAACCUUAUUAUGGGAUUGAUGCUCCUUUAGGAAAAGCUGUAAGCUGCUAUGUUAUAACUGUAGGUUUAACCGUUACAGUCACGUUACUCCUGCUUGUUUUAAUGAGAGUGAGACUUGAUUUUAACUUGCAUUAUAAACAGCUGCUAGUCCAAAAAAACAACGUUAACAUAAACACCGAGUUUUAGUUUCUCUUAAUGCAGUGGAUAAACGGUCCGACUCAUCAAGUUUGGACCUGUAAACAACACUGACAUGGGCUUGGAAAUACACAGUAUCAUUACAAGUGCCUUUUGUGAAAUUUCAUAUUUUAACCCUUUUUAUGGACAAGAGUUCAGAUCAGUAAGGAAGCUAAAUAAGUCACAUUUGACUGUUUUAUGUAACAAAUCCUGUGGUAAUAUAUGGAUGUUAGGGGACGUGAUUUAUAAGUGCAGAACUGUUUUUGUUGUAACUCAAAAUAAAAUAAACUAAACCCGUU